AACCAUAGGAGCGCUCCAUCCCAAUUUCCUUCGCUGCCUUGGUAAUAAUGUUCCUACUAUAAAAAGUAAGAAUUUCUUACGCUCAAGGGUCGCUAACAGUGCAAGCAAUAAAAUAUUGGUUUCCACUCAAGAAACUUUGAUAAAGGUGCCAAUAGUUUUUAUUGAAUAAAGCAUGGUGUUACAUUAAUAAAACAGACGAACUUUUUCAUAUAGUUAAUUAAUAAACACGAGAAAACAAUAGAUUUAAACAAUAAACAAUAAAAAUAAUCUACGCAAUAGAGCCGCUGUUAUUGUUUUGAUCUCCCAGGGGAAUUGACGUCACAAGAUAGGACACGUCGGAAGGCACGAAAAUUCAUCACGUGAACAAAUUUAUGUUAUGAUAUGGCGGAUCAAGUAAUUUGUUAUAUCAUGAAUACAAUUAUGGAUGUAUGGAAAAGAAUUUCGUUUUUAUUUCUUGACCUCACACAAAGCAAUGCCGCGACGAUAUCAUCGCCACCUUCAACCAAUUUAUGAACAUCAUCAUCAUCAUCAUCACAAGCACACAAUGAUGGAAUACCCAAUUUCACCGCGGCAAAAAAAUAUUGGAUUCGACCCCUCCCCAGUCUCUUCUCCUGAUCUGAAUUUCUCAGAAACCGGAAAUGUCGUCAAGCAUCGUCAUAGCAACAGAAAACUUCGCAAAAACUGCAAAAGCGAAGAUAUAUGCAGCGAGUGCCCCUUCGCAGCGGCAUGUCUAGACAACCCACUCAAAAUAAACGGCAUGAUGGAAAAGGUUAGCCAAAACGAGGUUUUUGAAUGGCAGAAGGACUGGGUCGAGCUUAUUCGCGCCAAUAUUAUUACAAACGUCAGUAAAACGAAGCAAAAGAUUAACGAUUCUUUUGACGAAAUUCUCAAAGUUUUGGAAAAGCGGAGAAAGGACUUGCUACGAAAAGCCGACAUUGAGGGGAAAAAGAAGCUGAGUUUGUUGAAAUUUAAGAACGAUGCUCUGCUUGAAAUGAUGGAUGAACAGAAUCCGAUUGAAGAUGUACCGCAAAUGCCGUUCGAAAUCCCACGAAGCAACAGUCUUGAUGAUGAUAUGGACUUCAGUUCCCGUACCACCGUCGCCAGUAUCAAAGGACUGCGCGUCCUUAGAGUAGGCAACCUCCAUUUCUCCUUUGACUCAGACCUGCUAGACUCGAUAUCAAAAUUCGGAGAUAUUAGUGAAAAUCUCGCUUCCGCUCUUCAUUCAGAGGCUGUUGGGUUAGGUCUGUAUUAUGGCCUAGUCAACGAACCCGCGAGAUUCCGCAUCGUCACGCGGAACACGAGCAUGCAGAAUAGUUUCGUAAAGGAUGAUUGUAUCAAGGUGAAUGUGUGUGGUCCGGACGGACGACGCCAUCCUGCGGAAAUAGAAACAGGGGACGGGGGUUUGCAUGCCGUUACAUUCAGGCCUUUAGAGGCCGGCUGCCAUAAUAUUCAUAUUUCUGUAAACAAUCUUGAGCUCCCGGAAAGCCCCUUUUGUUGCCAUGUCUAUGAAAAGGAGAAAUUAUCUUUUGAUCAAGAACCCAUAGAAGCUUACGGUACUCAUAUAGAUGCACAGAGCCAAGAAGCAUGGACCGUACAAAAAGACGGAAUGAGUGCGCUGCUCACAAAAUGUGGCUCUGCGGGGGCGCUUAUCCACGCUGUGCAGCAAUUUGCGGAGAAGAAGCAUGCAUGGAAAGUGAAAUUUACAAGCGCCUGCCCAAUGGUUCGUAUUUGCCUCGGCGUAUCAUCACGGACAAAUAUAAUUGAUGUCGAUAUAGAGCACACAUGUGACUUCAAUUUAGGCAUAACAAAAUACGGACCAGCGACUGACAGACGGAGUAGCCGGAGACCUAAGCGUAGGUCUUCUAUUUACAUGCGAGAAUCAAGGACGUAUAUGGUGCUCUUGGAUCUGAAGAAUAAUCGAUUGACUAUUGUUUGUUGUGAGACAGAGGAAGGAAAGCAUCUAUCGAUUCCAGGUGAACGUGAAGCAUUGUACCCUUGUGUUUUUAUGACGCAUGAAUGCAAGAACGAGGCCUGUCCAAGGCCGGUUGUUACUUUUAUGUGACCGGUUUGAAGAAACCAUAUUGCAGUUUGUUAUUUGUCAAACUUUUAUAAGAAUGUAUCUCUUUAUUGUGUAAAUUUUUGGAUUGCAAUGUGAUCAAUUUUCGUUAUUAUUGAAUAAAAGGAUUAGUUACAAUGUAAUGUUUGAGGCUAGAAGAAAAGGACCUUACCCCCGUGACUCUUACUCCUUACAGCUGAACCCCCUGUCAUAAACAAAGUAUAUGUUUCAUCUGGCGAUAUAUGAUGAAUUGAAACACUAGACUUUAUCAUCCCGAUAUGACUUUUUGUUUUCCCCUCGCUACAAAAACAAAAAGCAUGUAUUUUUCCAUUUAAUAGGGUUUCUAAAAAACAUUUUAGAUCUUCUUCUCGUCGCAAAAGGCUGUUGAAUCCAAUCUGUUUAGGUAAACGAAUAUUUGCAUGUUUCAUGUGACACGUGACAAUGACCAGGCCUAAACGGAUUUCGAUUUUGAAAUGAAAUAAACAGUUCAUUCUUAAUUUCACUGCCCCAAAAGCAGGCGGUUGCUGGCCAUGUUAAUGCCGAAAAGUAGCCAGUUCCUUCCCUUUCUAUCGUUUUUGGCGACAUCCCCCCUUUUUACGCGACAGCCCCCCUUGUUUUAUGAUAACACUAUACAGCUGGCCAAAAACAUUUUCCUUGUAUCUUUCCCCUCUGAUUUCCUUAUAUUUUAUUCAAAGUCGUAUUUUAAUUUGUUUUGUAUUUAUGUUGUAUUUACUAACAUGAACAGCAUUCGAUUACUUAAAUUCUCUAGAGAAACAGAAAUAGUUAGAUUUAUCAAAGAUUUGAAUUAUCAAACGUGGCCUAAAAUGAAUUUCAGUCAACGCCCGAUUCAUUGGAGUCUCCAGAGAAAUCCAGAGUUAUUUGGAUUAUUUGAAAAAUGGGAGUUAAAAAAGGCCGAAACAGAAACAACAAUAAAGUGAAAAAUAAUUUUGUUUUUUUAGCAAAAAAUUGAAUUUUCAAGCAGAAGAAUAAUAUUAAUUUUUGCUGUACGUUUUUAAUUGAUUAGAUUCCUGAAAGGAAAAUUUGUUAGAGUUAGUUGCACGUUGCUGGAAACAAAUUUAGUAAUUUCAAUUUGAGAGGUACAUAGUGAAACCGUAACAGAUAUUAUGUUGCUUUUCUAAUUAGAGGUUUGUCGAAAUGGCUAAAUAUGAAAUUUCAUGUAUGUAAAUAUGUGAAGUUAAAGAAAUUUUCAAAAUUUUAAAAAUUUGAGCAUCAAAGGCAAGUGACAGAUACCGAAGAUAGAAAAGCUACCUUUGAAAAGAAAAAUUGUGAGUAAGUGUGAUACCACUAACACGCUCAGUGAUUGGCCAAUAUUGAUUGACAAGUGGCUUGAGAGCGUAUCUGUCGAUUGCCAUUUCCCAAAUGGCGAUUGUCGUUUCCCAAAUGGCGAUUGUCGUUUCCCAAAUGGCGAUUGUCGUUUCCCAAAUGGCGAUUGUCGUUUCCCAAAUGGCGAUUGUCGUUUCCCAAAUGGCGAUUGUCGUUUCCCAAAUGGCGAUUGUCGUUUCCCAAAUGGCGAUUGUCGUUUCCCAAAUGGCGAUUGUCGUUUCCCAAAUGGCGAUUGUCGUUUCCCAAAUGGCGAUUGUCGUUUCCCAAAUGGCGAUUGUCGUUUCCCAAAUGGCGAUUGUCGUUUCCCAAAAGCAAACAGAUGUCAAUGACGAAAUUUAACCAAAAUUUUUCUGACAAAAUUCAAAACCAAACACGCCCCUUAGGCAGUCCGAAUAUGCCACGCUUCAACAAACUGCCUUAGGUGUUACUAUUGCUGGCAACGCCCUAUUUCGCUCCCUUCACAUAAAGUCAAUUCGCAUUCAUACGACCACAGGCAACAACCGAAAUUUGAAAUUUAGCAACUUUUUUAACAAAUUUAGCACCUUUGCCGAAAUAUAACGUCGAUAUUAGCAAUUUUGGCGAAGAUUCUUAUUCUGUUUGCUGGACUUAUAGAAUAUUUACUUCGUACCAAAGAAUUGAAUGAAAGGACUUCCCUUAAGAGUCUGUUGCUGUGAAAUAUUCCAAGACCCGUUUACACGAGACCUGGAUCAAAUUGGAUGCAAAAUUAUCCAAUCUCGGUCGGAUCCAGCCAUUUACACGGGAUCCGGUCCAGGUCGGAUUCAUAUGGUGUCGCCUCUGAAGGCGGUUGUAAAAGUUUUCGGAUAGAGGAUUGAAAUGUAUCCGAUCCAGAUUAGAUCCAAACGUUGAAUUCGAUCCAGGUCGGACCCAUACAGUAUCGCCUCUGAAGGUGGUCCAAAAAAUGUGCUGACAGCGGAUCCAAAUUAAUACGGAUCAGUUCCCGUGUAAGCAAAUCCGAUCCGAGCCACUCUCAAGUACAUGGAAUCUAAAAUUUCUUUCUUCUUAGAAUCUAAACUUUAUUAAAACGAAAAAUAUCUAAUUAUGUAGUUCUUAGAUACAUUUUUUCGAUGGUAGUAAUUCGCAGUAAAUCGAAUGUGCUGUGUAGCUAGUUUGAUUGUUAUCAUGUAAUGAAACUAGAUUUGAAUUUGCAUCAAAAUGUUUUUAUAAUU